AUGGGGAGCCCUACUUGCCCCCUGCCCCCUGGUUACACAGCCACCGAGGCGCCGGGAGAGGCACUUCGCUUCCAUGAGGACGCCAGGGGCGCGCAGGUACAUCUGGACGAGGUUGGGUGCAUCGCGCGAAGGUGUGCCACCUUCCACGACGGCAUCGUGUUCAGCCAGCGGCCCGUGUGGCCCGGCGAGCGCGUGGCGCUGCGCGUUCUGCGGCAGGAGGGCGGCUGGUGCGGCGGCCUCCGCGUGGGCUUCACGCGCCUGGAUCCCGCGCGCGUCUCGGCGCCCUGCCUGCCGCCCUUCGUGUGCCCCGACCUGGAGCUGCAGAGCCCGACCUGGGCGUCCUUGCUGCCUGAGGGUUGCGUGCGCGCCGGGAGCAUAGUCUGCUUCUGGGUGAACCGCCGAGGCUGGCUCUAUGCUAAGGUCAAUGCCGGCCGCCCGCUCCUGCUGCGGAAAGACGUGCUCAUGGGCGCCCCGCUCUGGGCGGUGAUGGACGUAUAUGGGACCACCAAGGCGAUCGAGCUGCUGGGUGAGACAGCGUCACAGCUGCCAGAGCCUCAGCCUUGGAACCGCUGGUUUGAUAAUCCAGCCACACCCAUGGUCCCGGGUGAGGAGGCUGUGCCUGACCUCAAAGGCACAUCAGGAGAGGAGUGUGUCAUCUGCUUCCACCAUGCUGCCAACACUCGUCUUGUCCCCUGUGGCCACUCACACUUCUGCAGCUCCUGUGCCCAAAGAGUCUUCAGGGACACAGCCAAGUGCCCUGUGUGUCGCUGGCAGAUUGAGGAGGUAGCCCUGGGGACUGGAGAAUGCUCAUAA